AUGGCUACAACUCCAGCCAACGACAAACCUUUUGGCAUCAGCCAAAUCAAAGCGUACGUUCCCAUCACUCUCGACAUGACCAAGCUCAACUACGACAUGUGGCGUGAGCUCUUUGAAACUCACUGCAACAGUUUCGGAGUUCUCGGUCACAUCGACGGAUCCUCUGCUCCCACCGCUGAAACCGAAAAAUCCUGGAAAGAACACAAUGAUUUGGUCAAGAUGUGGAUCUAUGGAACCAUAUCUGACUCAAUCCUUGAAACCGUUCUCAAGCCAAAGUGCACAGCCAACAGCCUCUGGCUUGCGAUUGAGAAUCUCUUCCGUGACAACAAAGAAGCUCGUGCAAUGCAACUCGAGAACGAUCUGCGUACCACGGUGAUCGGAGACAUAUCUAUCCACGACUAUUGCAAGAAGCUCAAGUCCAUCUCCGACCUCCUGACCAACGUCGACUCUCCAAUCACCGACAAGGUUCUUGUGAUGCAUCUUCUCAAUGGACUAUCUGAGAAGUAUGAUAGCAUCAUCAAUGUUAUCAAGCACAAAUCUCCGUUUCCCGGAUUCAUUGAGGCGCGAUCGAUGCUCCAACUUGAAGAAGAUCGUCUUGCGAAGCACCACAAGCCGAAUCCCACCAAUCACCUCACAUCUUCUGCCCCUGCCGUUCUCUACACGACGUCCGACAACAGAUCUCGUGACGGAAACGGCUCCACCAACAACAACGGCGGCAACUAUGGCGGAAACUACCGUGGUAACGGAAACUACAGGGGUCGUGGUCGUGGACGUAACAACAGAGGACGCGGUGGUUGA